GUUCGUCAUCCGGUGCAGAAGGGAAACCUUUCUUCUCCCCCAACGAGCAGGUCUGCUGGGAUGCGCAGGGCUCCGACACCACGGCGGAGGUCGCGAGGCUGCUGGUGAAUUACAAUUGGGAUACGGAGCCACUAUGAGCGACGGGCUCCCCCCCACACACACACCCCCACCACCACCACCCCGCCUCGUAUAUCACAAAGUAGCGCACGUUUAAUUAAUUGAAGCUCUCUUCUGGUGGUGGGGGUCGGGUGGGGGGGGGGACUUGGUCCCGUGGUCGCAUGCAGGAAUGAUUUUUCUCGGCUUGGUUUUGCUCCAGAGGACCAUGGAGACCUCCGAAGGCAUCGGUCAUGCUCUCUGGUGAGGGCGCGGCCGGGAGCGAGAGUUGUAAAGUCCCCAGAGUCACAUCACAUGGAGGUCAAAGGACAUCUGAUCACAUCCAUGGGUUUGGGGGCUCCUGAUGUUCAAGGCGGCCAGGACGGCAAGCUGCAGGCGGAGAGGGCUGCGGCUCUGCAGGAGAGGAAGCAGGCCCUGGAGGCGCUCCUCAACUCCAGAGUGGGAGAGCUCAAACAAGUCUGCUUGCAGGAAGCCGAGCUGACUGGGAAGUUGCCACAUGCCUUCCCCCUGGAGACGGGGGAGAAACCCCCACCGGUGCAGCGCAGAGCUGGCCUGCCGCCCAACGCCAAGGCAGAGGAUGAGGCGGCCCAAAGGAAGCAGAUGAAGGCCAUCUUCACCGGCGCUCUGUACCGACACUCAGAUGCGGAGCGAAACGUCCCGAAUAGCAAGAGGACAGUUCACCGGGGGUGUCACACAGAGGACACCGUCAUGUCAGAGAGUACAAGCUCCAUGUCGGAUUCAACGUCCCACGACAACGAGUCGUCUCCCAGCGUGGCGGCCGACCAGCGCUCUCUGUCUCAGCCCCGGCUCACGGUGGGCAGCCCCGACCACCGGAUCAGCAGGAAGCUGUCGCCGGUGGAGAUCUACUACGAGAUGAGGACGCGCCGCAACUCCGUCACGAGCUCCGUCAGCCCGGCUCACUCUCUGCCAAGAAGUGCAUCCAACGUUGAAGGCCGAAGCGUUCCGGCAACUCCUCUGUUGGCCCGGACGGCUCCCAUCAGCGUUCACGUCAGGUCGGAUGCGUCGGGCGGCAACGGGUUGAAGCAGUGGUCCGGCAGCCUGGAUGUGCCCUACAUGAUCCCGCUGGCCCCGGAGGGCUCUUCCUCCGACCGCCGAGGCUGCCCUUACAGCUCCCGGGCCCGGCGCAGCAACAGCUCCGAGGCCCUGCUGGAUCGGUCGAGCCUCCCGGACGAUCCUGCUCCCAGGAACGGGAUGCCCCCCAGAGGAGGGCCCUACAAGAGCUCAGAGACACUGACCGACGGCAAGCUGCGCCACAUUCACCUGGGCAGCCCCGAGAGGCACGCCGACGGCUCCGUGGACCAGGCCAAAAUGCGGCUGUCCAUGGGCGACAGAGGCGCCGGCGGAGGAUACAACGAGCUGCUGAUGGACUAUAUCUGGGGCAAACAGCAGCGGACGCAAGUGCAGCACCCCCUGUACCAGUCCACAGGCAGGAUCUGGCAGGACGUGUCCUCUCCCCGCUCCUCCACCGCGGCGGUGCCUCCCCAUGCCAACGGCUUCUCCCAUUCCCAGGUGAACCUCCCCAGCGCCGCGCCUCCUUACAGCCCCAUGGUCCUCCGAGGGUCCCAGGCGGAGCUGCGCAGGGUCAAAGUCACCAGAACCAAAUCUUGUGGACCCUUUAUUCCGCUGCAGCAGCAUCCCCAGGACGCCAUCCUGCUCUCAGCGUACGACUCCCCCCUCCCUGCCUCUGGCACCAGCACGUCCUCCAUCCCCAACCUGCACCCCUACCAGACCGAGCUGUCGGGUCCCUCCUUCAGCCGCAGACCCCCGCAGUUCUCUCUCCCGACCCCAGAAGACUCGACGCGAAGCUUGCAUAAAGCCCUGGCUCUGGAGGGACUGAGGGACUGGUACCUGAGGAACGCCCUUGGCUAUCCUCCCGCUGCCCCGAAGGGCCACGAGGCAGGGAUCUCGCGCCUCUCACACCCCCACCCGCUGGUGCACCAGGCCCAGUCUGUUCAAGGGGAACCGGGCAACCUCCAAAGGUCUCAGAUGCCCCAGUCAGCCAGCUUCCACGGACACCCGCUGCAUGGAAGGUCGAUGGAGUUCUCUCUCUAUCAGGAGACUCCUCACCCAGAGGUGCAAGAGGUGACCCCAAAGGAACCCAGUGCAGACCCAGGCACCCUAGUCUGAAGCAGCAGAACACACACACACACACACACACACACACACACACACACACACACGUUGAUACAAUGUGACCUCAACAGCGACCUCAGCAGAAAGAGACUGGAACACAAGACAAACUGUAGCCGUACGGUGUGAAAAGGCCUCGGCGGGUUCCCCCGUGGUCUCACCGGUCCCACCAGUAUAUGAACUUUAAACCCAGUACUCUCACGUGGAUGGGCACUGGAGUUGACUCCUCUGAUAACACUACGGUCACGCUGUGCUUAGUAUAUCAAUAUUUCCGUUCCGACACCAAGCAGUAAAACCCUCCCCUCGAUUAACCCCGAAAGAUAUACUUUUUUACAGAAUAUAUACAACUCCUAAAUGACUAUUUUGUAUCUCCUGAGAUAUAAAGAACAACUAUAUUAAAGUAAUGUAUUGCUUGUUGAUCUUGUGAUACACACACACACACACACACACACACACAUAACACAGGUGUUAUAUGAGCUCCCAUUCAUUUGAAACAUAUUAAAACAUGCCGGUGAAUGUGCGUUUGUAAAAACUGUAGCGAAAAAGUCCCGUGGUCAUCUGCCGUUAAUUUCACCGCCGUUUGUAUUUUUUUG